AUGUGGAAUCAGCCAGCACCUCUGGAGAUGAUCCCCUUUACACCCAGCAUUCCGAGAAUAAGUCAGCUUUCAGUGGCAAACAGUGGAACAGAAGUGGACACUGGUCAUGUGGAAUCAGCCAGCACCUCUGGAGAUGAUCCCCUUUACACCCAACAUUCCGAGAAUAAGUCAGCUUUCAGUACAGAGGUGGCAAACAGUGGAACAGAAGUGGACACUGGUCAUGUGGAAUCAGCCAGCACCUCUGGAGAUGAUCCCCUUUACACCCAGCAUUCCGAGAAUAAGUCAGCUUUCAGUACAGAGGUGACAAACAGUGGAACAGAAGUGGACACUGGUCAUGUGGAAUCAGCCAGCACCUCUGGAGAUGAUCCCCUUUACACCCAGCAUUCCGAGAAUAAGUCAGCUUUCAGUACAGAGGUGGCAAACAGUGGAACAGAAGUGGACACUGGUCAUGUGGAAUCAGCCAGCACCUCUGGAGAUGAUCCCCUUUACACCCAACAUUCCGAGAAUAAGUCAGCUUUCAGUACAGAGGUGGCAAACAGUGGAACAGAAGUGGACACUGGUCAUGUGGAAUCAGCCAGCACCUCUGGAGAUGAUCCCCUUUACACCCAACAUUCCGAGAAUAAGUCAGCUUUCAGUACAGAGGUGACAAACAGUGGAACAGAAGUGGACACUGGUCAUGUGGAAUCAGCCAGCACCUCUGGAGAUGAUCCCCUUUACACCCAGCAUUCCGAGAAUAAGUCAGCUUUCAGUACAGAGGUGGCAAACAGUGGAACAGAAGUGGACACUGGUCAUGUGGAAUCAGCCAGCACCUCUGGAGAUGAUCCCCUUUACACCCAACAUUCCGAGAAUAAGUCAGCUUUCAGUACAGAGGUGACAAACAGUGGAACAGAAGUGGACACUGGUCAUGUGGAAUCAGCCAGCACCUCUGGAGAUGAUCCCCUUUACACCCAACAUUCCGAGAAUAAGUCAGCUUUCAGUACAGAGGUGACAAACAGUGGAACAGAAGUGGACACUGGUCAUGUGGAAUCAGCCAGCACCUCUGGAGAUGAUCCCCUUUACACCCAACAUUCCGAGAAUAAGUCAGCUUUCAGUACAGAGGUAAAAAAAUGGGUAAUGGAUGAAAAAAGUCAUAAUCCAGAAUCUGGAGAUAAUCAGCAGCAGGCAUCUGCACUCCUAAAUCAGGUAGCAGAUGAAAUGUUUGCUGGUGACCAAUACUGUAUACUGUAUACUGUGGAUACAAGCACUCCUCAGCUUCAUGAGGUAAGCAGCCAUGAUGCCUGUUCCAUCAGUAGUUUGGAAAACAGUGAAGAUGACUAUGUCCCUGAGUCUUCAUAUAGUAGCUCAGAUACAAGUGCCUGCAGUCAUACAAUUUCAUGUACUAAAAAGAAAGCUGAAACUAAAAAAAAUCUUUCACUCAGUCCUACUACUGGUCUGUCCAGUGCUAUAGCUGACAGUGAAGCUGAAGUUGGGCAGUCAAGCUCGGUUUUGGUCAGAGGAAUUUCAAAGACAUCUAAAAAACCAAGAGUGUAUGACAAGAAACAGUACUGUUUGUUUUGCAGCAAACCACUAUCAAAAAUGGCAAGACAUUUAGAGCAGGUUCAUAGCACAGAGUCAGAAGUUGCGAAAGCUUUGAGUUUUCCAAAAGGUUCAAAAGAAAGGAAAAACUUGCUAGAUCACUUAAGGAAUAGAGGGAAUUUUGCUCAUAAUGCAGAGGUUGUACAGUCUGGAAAAGGUGAUCUUGUACCUUGUAAGAAGCCGAGAAAAGAUUGUGACUCCAAAACCUUUGUGCACUGCUCCAACUGUCAAGGACUCUUUGCUAGGAAGUAUCUUUGGUGUCAUAUGAAACGAUGUGAGCUGAGUAAAAAUGUUAAAUCCCAUCCCAAACCAGGAAAGAACAGGGUGCUCUCACAAAAUGCUUACAUGGGACCUGCACCUCCUGGAACUAGUGCUGGCCUGUGGAAACUGUUAAGUAAUAUGACCUAUGACAGUGUGCUGCUUGCUAUUAAUUCGGACUUCUAUAUCAGAAGAUUGGGGGAGUGUUUUUACAACAGAGUAGGCUCAGAUAUCAGCAAGCAUGAAUAUAUUCGACAGAAAAUGAGGGAAGUUGGAAGAUUACUAAUUACAGCGAGGGAAGUUACACCCUUGCGUAAAAUGGAGGAUUUUAUUGACCCAGCUAACUUUAUGUAUGUCAUAACAGCUGUUCGAAAAUCCAGUGGUUAUGAUGAAGAAAAGUGCACAUUUCAACGACCAUCCCUCGCAUUAAAGCUUGGUCAUAGUUUACAGAAGAUUGCUUCUUUGGUUUCAUUUCAAGCAAUGAUGGAUCGAGACAGUGAAAGAGCAGAAAAAGCACGCAACUUUUCAGAAAUGUAUAUGGCAAGAUGGAGCGAGCUGAUAUCAUCACAUGCACUCCGGACUCAGAGAGAAGUUAAGUGGAAUGCUCCACUUGUUCUUCCUUUUACUGAGGAUGUGAAAAUGUUACAUUUGUUUCUUGACCAAAAGCAAGAAGAGUACUUUCAGAGUUUAUCCAAAGAUGCUUCCACCAAGAAUUGGUCACAGCUUGCUAAGAUUGCUCUGGCUCAGACUAUCCUCUUUAAUCGGAGAAGAGAGGGUGAGGUCUCAAAAAUGCCAUUAAAGGCAUUUAUCAGCAGAAAUGCAGAUGACUUGCAUGAGGAUAUUGCUCUUGCACUUUCUGAGCUUGAAAAGAAACUCUGCAAUCAUUUUACCCGAAUUGAAAUUCGUGGAAAGAGAGGACGAAAGGUUCCGGUUCUUUUAACACCUGUAAUGCAAAAAAAUAUGGAGCUUCUUGUAGAGAAAAGAGAAAAUUGUGGUAUUCCAUCCGAAAACAUUUACAUGUUUGCACGUCCCGCAGCAUUGUCUCAUUUUAGGGGAUCAGAUUGCCUUAGAGAAUUUGCAACAGAAUGUGGAGCAAGGAAUCCAAAGGCACUUUCUUCGACUAAGCUGCGUAAACACAUAGCAACAUUGUCCAAUGUUCUGAACCUCAAUAAUACAGAAUUGGACCAGCUAGCUGACUUUUUAGGGCAUGAUGUGCGAGUACACAGGGAAUAUUACAGACUUCCAGAAGGCACUCUACAGCUGGCCAAGAUCAGCAAAAUUUUGAUGGCAUUAGAGACAGGAAGACUUGGGGAGUUCACUGGAAAGAACCUAGAUGACAUUGACAUUGAUCCAAAUGAGGCAGUAUUUGUUCAGAGUUCAGAUUUCUCAAGGGAUUUAUCAGGAACAGAGAAUGAAUCAGAUGAUGAUCUUGGAGCAGACCUACACUUAGAACCAUCCCCAAAGCAAGCCCAUGAAACCUCAGCUGACCAAGCAGCUGAACCAACCAGUUCCACAUCAGUUCCCAAAGGUGUUAAAGUGAUAAAGAAAAAGAAAUGGGAGACAAGUGAAGUGAAAGCAGUUGAAAAGCAUCUGGACAGGUUCAUCAAAACUUGCACAGUGCCAGGAAAAAAAGACUGUGAAGCUUGUAUAAAAGCUGAACCUGUUGCACUGAAAGAUAGAGAUUGGUUAUCUGUUAAGUUCUUUGUAAAGAACAGAAUCACUGCUCUUAAGAGGAAGAUGUAACCCAGAAAUAUUCUCUAUAGUUUCAUUCAGUUAUGUUUGCACAGAAAUUGGCAGUUUUUGUUUUUGCUAUUUUCUUGUUAUUGAUAAAAUGAUUCUGCCAUAACUGUAUUCGAUACAGUAUUUUUUUUAUUUGAACAGAAUUACUGAUAUUAAGAGAAAGAUGUAACCUAGGAAUAUUCUGCAUAGGUAAAUUCAGUUAUAUUUGCACAGAUUUUGGUAGUUUUUGUUUUUGCUUUUUUAUUGAUAAAAUGAUGCUGCCAUAAUUGUAUUCCAUCCUGUAUUAUAUUUUAUUUUGGUACAGUAUAUUUCAUAUGCAAAUGGAAAAUUUGAGUUAGUUUCAAAGCAAUUAAUAAGUAAAGCUUUCAAAAUAUUGAAAAAAUAAAGCCAUUUGACUAAAUCAGCUCUCUUAUCUUGUAAAUUACAAUGGCAAAUUAAUCGUUUGUAAAAUUGUGUCCCCAGAUUAUUCGCAAGUACCUACAUUAUAAGGAAUACCAGAAAAAUAGUGUGUGUGUGUCUGCUGGUCCACACAAGCUUGGUUUACCAGAAAUUGUCCCCAGAUUGUGGUAAAAUGUCAGAUUGCUUUAUAAAGGUUUUUUCUUUAAUUUGAAGUGACAGGUGUGUUUACAACUUUAAUUAAUACAUGAAUAUGUAUUUCAAUUUUUCCUAAAGUCUUUAGAAAUAUGGGUCCCCACAUUGCAGGAUCCAGCAUGUAGUCCCCAAAAUAGACUUAGACAAGGA